UAGUAACUGACCGCUUCGGCUACAGAAACUACAUUACCCAGAAGGCAAUGCGCCCAACAAUGGCGGCUUGAGCCAAUGAGAACCCAGGAAGCGGGCCGUUUCCAUGAUGCCCAUGUCGUUAGGGCGGGACUUCCGGCGUCCCCCUCUGGGCUGUCAGGUGGGCCUGUUUGGCGGAUUCAAGGAAUUAGCGCGCCAAGUCCCGACGGAGGGAGCGCCGCGGGUCCUCCCGCCGUGCGCGGCGGGUCCGGGGCUCCUGCAGCCGCCGCGGUCCGGUUCGGGGCCUCGCGGGCCCCCUCCGCCCGCAGAGUCCGCGGCGGCGGCCGCGCCGAGGCGCCGGGCUGAGGACAUGGACUUUGAGGACGUGGCCAUCGCCUUCUCCCAGGAGGAGUGGGGGCUCCUCGACGAGGCUCAGAGACUUCUGUACUGCGAGGUGAUGCUGGAAAUCUUUGCCCUUGUGGCGUCCGUAGGUUGUUGGCAUAAGACGGAAGAUGACGAGACCCCUUCUGAGCAGGAUGUUUCUGUAGAAGGAGAGUCUCAGGUGAGGGAGUCUGAGACGGCUCCAGCAGCCCAGAGGACGGACCCCUGUGAGCGCUGUGUCCCGGCCUUGAAAGCUAUUCUGCACCUGACCGAGUGCCAAGCAGCAAACCUUGAGCAGAGAGCCUUCUGCAGUGAAGCACGUGUGAGAGGCCUCUGUUUCCCUGCAAACCCUCACCGGCAGCAGCGGACAGCCGGUGCCGCGGAGCCCCGGGAAGAGGCCGCGGACGGGGCCUCGCGCGUGACCCGGUGCAGCUUCUGCGUAUCCGGGGCGCCUUCCGCCUGUGGGAAGGUUGGGGAGGGCCUCCCAGGCACCGCAGGCCUUCAUCAGCACCAGGCCCCUUGUGAUACUGAGGAUUCACACGUUGGUAGCGAGAGCGGCCUGGCCUUUCCCAGUGGAGAAAGUCGUCUCCGUUCAGGUGGAUGUGCAAACGCUGCCAGCCCACACCGGAACCUUGGUCAGCGUCAAGGCGAGUCUUCUAGAAAAGGGCUUUUCGAGGGCAGCGCGUGUCAGAAAGCCUUCAGACACAUCUCGAACCUUCUUCAGCACAGAAGCGUUCACACCGAAGAAAAGUCUCAGGAGUGUAGGGGUUAUGAGAAGUCCUUCGGCCACAACCCUGACCUCCCUGCACACCGGGCAGAUCACACCGAAGAAGAACCAUAUGCGUGCAGUACUUGUGGGAAACGCUUUAGACAGCGCACGAACCUUACUCACCACCAAAGACUUCACUCUGGAAAAAACGCCUUUGAGUGUGGUGAGUGUAGGAAAUCUUUCCGCUUCAAAUGUUACCUCCUCAUACACCAGAGAAUUCACACCGGAGAAAAGCCUUACGAGUGUAGUGAUUGUGGGAAGUCCUUUGGCCAAAGCUCUGCCCUCUUCAAGCACCAGAAAAUUCACACUGGUGAAAAGCCAUACGAGUGUAGUGAUUGUGGGAGAUGCUUUACCUACAAAUGUAUCCUCGUUAACCACCAGAAAAUUCACACUGGAGAAAAGCCAUAUGAGUGCAGUACGUGUAGAAAAUCGUUCAGACGGCGCUCCCACCUUAUUCAGCACCUCCGCGUCCAUUCCGAAGCAAAGCCGUAUGGAUGGGGUGAACCUGGGAAAUCCUUUAGCAAUGCCUCCAGCUUCCUUCAACACAGUAGAAAAAUACCUUAUGGGUGUAGUGAAUGUGGGAAAUAUUUUAGCUGCAAAUCUGAUCUUCUUAGACACCAGAGAGUUCACACCGGAGAAAAGCCAUAUGAGUGUAGUGAUUGUGGGAAGUCCUUUAGAGAAAGCUCUGCCCUUAUUAAACACCAGAGAGUUCAUACCGGGGAAAAGCCAUAUGAGUGUAGUCACUGUGGGAACUCUUUCAGCCAAAGCUCUAACCUCGUCAAACACCAGAGAGUUCACACCGGAGAAAAACCUUACGAGUGUCCUGACUGUGGGAAGUCCUUCCCCCAGCGCUCUGCCCUCACUCAACACCAGAGAGUGCACACUGGAGAAAAGCCGUAUGAGUGCAGUGAUUGUGGGAGAUGCUUUAGCAACAAAUGUAUCCUCAUUAACCACCAGAGAAUUCACACUGGAGAAAAGCCGUACGAGUGUAGUGCGUGUAGAAAAUCGUUUAGACAGCACUCCCACCUUAUUCAGCACCUCCGCGUCCAUUCUGAAGGGAAGGCUUGUGAGUGUGGCAAGUGUGGCAAACCUUUUAGCAGUACCUCCAGCUUCCUUCAACACCUGCGUGUGCACGCUACAGAAAGGCCUUAUCAGUGUAGUGAAUGUGGGAAAUCUUUUAGCUACAAAUGUCACCUCAUUAGACAUCUGAGAGUUCACACUAGGUAAAAGCAGCCUUGAGUGUCAAUACUGAGAAGUCCUUCAUCCGAAGCACCAGAGCAUACACACUGCAGAACGGUGUUUGUGGGAAAGGUUUUAGGUAGAAAUCUGACCUCGCUCUUCACCAGAGCAUUCGUACCAGGGGAAAAGCCAUAUGAAAGUGGUAAAAUGUGGGAAGUUCUUUAUAGAGAACACCCCUGCCUUGUUUGACACCACUGAGCACAUUUGGCA